UUCUCUUUUGCAGUGGGGUCUCCCACAUGCUCAAACAGGUCGCUUUCAGGGAGUGCUCCAAAUGUACCAUAUUAUAUCCGAGAAUAUUCGCUCAUACAUAAGUAUACAUACAUAUAUAUAAAUAUGCCUAAGAUAUAGAAAUGUAUACACUUGUGGUAACAACAAAUCAUUAUUAUAACGUAAUGAACGCUUAUUGGUUCUGUGGUACAAAUAAAUUCAUACAAAUGAGCAAAAGCAACAGGGAGAAUGGUGUGAAAAAUGCAAUGAUUACCCCGAGAAACGUACAAUGUGUUUUUGAGACUUUUCGCAGCGGUUUUCAUGAAUUUCCUUUAGUUGAGAGAAAAUCGUCGCCUAGACAACAUCGUCGUCUAAAUUCGAAAGAACCGACAUAAUUAUUCUGAUCAAGUCGAACUGAUUGAAUACAGAUCACCAGAUCACAAUAAAACUAUAUGGGACUAAACGAAAAUAUCUAGUCAAAGGAGCUAACGAAAAGUGCGUAAACAAAGUUGAAAGUUAUCGGGUUUAGCCGAAUAUUCAGCGAAGAGUGUGCCAAAAAUUUGCAACAAAUCUACAACAUCUUUAAAAUUAGAUUAAUAGCGGCAGCAGCGGUAUUGUUUAACAAAUUGUCCUAGUAUCUGUGGCGCAUCAAAGCAUAAGAACUCAGAAUCUUUAAAUUCUGAUAAAUUAAAAAUAUAUACAGCCGCAAUAGAACAGCGGAUAUAUCGAAAACUUUUCAAGACUUAACUGCAAAGAAAGAAGAACAAAAUGGCGCAACCCCAGUUACUACAAGUCAAAUUGUCGCGAUUCGACGCCCAACCUUGGGGCUUUCGAUUGCAAGGUGGCGUUGACUUUGCCACACCAUUGGUCGUGCAGAAGGUAAAUGGCGGCAGCUUGGCGGAAAAGGCUGGACUCAUCCCUGGAGAUGCUGUUUUAAAGAUCAAUGAUGUUGAUGUAUUCAAUUUGCGCCACAAAGAUGCACAGGACGUUGUUGUACGCUCUGGGAACAACUUUGUUUUGACUGUGCAAAGAGGUGGCUCUACUUGGCGCCCACACGUAACGCCCACCGGUAAUAUCCCUCAGCCUCAGCAUAAUUCUCCAUAUUUGCAAACAGUGACGAAAACUUCUCUAGCUCACAAACAACAGGAAUCACAGCACAUUGGCUGUGGGUACAACAACGCUGCUCGACCAUUUGCCAAUGGCGGAGAUGGCAACGUCAAGAGUAUCGUCAAUAAACAAUACAACACGCCAGUUGGAAUUUACAGCGAUGAAUCUAUUGCGGAAACUCUUUCGGCUCAAGCUGAGGUCCUAGCAGGCGGUGUCCUAGGUGUCAACUUUAAAAAGAAUGAAAAGGAAUACCAAGCUGAUAAGUCGGAAGUACUGAAAUUCUUGCGCGAAGAAGAAACUGGCGCUUCGACUCCAGAGCCACCAGCUCCGGCAAAUUUCUAUUGGACUCAAAGUCACGCCAUCGGAGGUAAUGAACGUCGGACACCGCUAUCUUACAACCAUCAACAGCCCGCACAGCAGGAGCAACCACAGAAUGAAGCCGUUGCCACAAAAUUGCAAGAAAAUGAUUUAGCCUCGAAUGCGCCACAGCGGCCCAGCCUCACAUCGUCAGCAAAGCCAUCAAUUUCUGAACCCGCCGACCCACGUGUCAUCAUUAUGCCUGUGUGUCCGGCAUUGCAAGGGCCGGAAUAUAAAGCGGAAAUGGAAGCAGCCACUGCUGCGCUGCAGCAUGACAAUGGCCCGCGACCACUGUCCGCCUGCGGUCAUCCGGCAUGUGCAUUGUGUGGCGUUGGCAUUGUCGGUGUGUUUGUGCGCAUCAAGGAUAAGAAUUUGCACGUUGAGUGCUUCAAGUGUGCUACCUGUGGAACUUCGUUGAAGAAUCAAGGGUAUUACAACUACAAUAACAAGCUCUAUUGCGAUAUCCAUGCUAAGCUCGCAGCCCUUCAAAACCCACCAGCUGGCACCGAUGGAUAUGUGCCUGUGCCAAUCAAGCCAAAUACGAAGUUAAGUGCCAACACCAUUUCGUCAGCAUUGAAUGUUCACGGUUUCAGCGAUAUCCCCGUAGCCAACGGAGGAAGCGCCGCUGCUCCACCUUCUGCUCCGACUGCCCAAUCUCCCGAGGCCAUACAAGAAAUAAAAGAGGAGAAUGCUGACUUGCCAUUACCGCCUCCUCCCUCACCCACAUCACUGCAGCAGUUACGAAUGGACAAUGCUGCCGAAUUGAAACAAGAAUCGAAUAGCCUCUCAGCCUCGUCAACUGCUUCGAAUAGCUCGUCUGUGUUGUCGGCAGGUGGUCACCUACCACAAAUUGAAGUCAAGGUGGAGGGAACUAUAGAUGAAAGGUUCAAUGGAUACGCUUCAUCUUCUUCGUUGAAUUCGCGCCAAGCUUCGUCAUCUCCUUCAUCAAUGAGUGGUAUCAGCUCUGAUAAUAAUGCGACCACACAUAUUGCAAACACACCACCUCCACCUCCACCACUCCCGCCAUCUAGCCAACUAAGGCAGCAAAAUGAAAAUGACAUGAACUCACAAAAUCAGUUUGAAGGCGGAGUUUCCAGCAACGCGCUAAGAGGCAUAAGUCAUGACUGCACAACGGAGCAGAGUGGCGGUGGCAAAAAUUCGCCAUCAGUUGGAGUUUACAGCAAAUUCUUGAAAGAGUAUUCCAAUAAGUUGCUCACGUUAAACAAACACAACCACAAUAACACUCAAUUGAAUACAAGUGUAUUGAAUGAUGACAUUUCCCCAAACAUCAACGCCAAUAAUAAUAACACAAACAAUAUUACCAAUACAAGACAUAGUCAUAACAAACAAUCGACACAGAUACCCGGGCAAAUGCCACCACAAUCACUUCCAAUUUCUGACUCCACCACAUUUGGUGCAACAAAAACACAACCCUCACAACAUUCAGUUGUUGCUGCUUUAUCGUCGGCGUUCGCUAACCAAUUGAAAUUUAAUCCAUACCAGCAGGUUGAAAAACCAGCAGUAACUGCAGCGCCACCUCCGCAAGCUUCACCGGCACCUGCAUCCACCGCACAAGCAACUACUGCAAUUAGUUCAACAAUCGCCAUCAACAACCAGAUUUUGAGCAACAAUAACAGCGAAAGUGGACAAUUUGAAGGUGCUACUCAAGGUAUUCACGAAAAAGCCACAGUUUUCCCAUCAGCCAUGCUGGCGAACCCAUCACCGGCACAGGGCACUGGGUCGAACGACCAGCCAUUUGGUGAAUACGUUACCUUAACGGGCAGCGUAAUUCGCAGUGUUGUGCCACCUGGUAAGGGUGCAAAUAUCAACUAUAAGGUUAACCAAGGCUAUGCUAGACCAUUUGGAGCUGCUCCAGCCGCUGCACCGAAGUCUCCGGUAGCGUAUCCUCCGCAAAGGUCAGCUGCCAAUCCAUACGCUACGUUGCCGCGCACCAACAUCGGCCAACAAGAUUCCGAUGCUAGCUUGCAACCGCAAUAUGCGGAAGAGUGUAAUUCUAAGUCAGCUCCGGCCGGAGUAGAAUACUUUGAGGAAGAUCAUGAGUUGGCGGAAGUUAACCGACAAAAUCGUAGUAACUUCUUAUGGCCUCCACAAAAGGAAGGUAGUCCGGUUAUACCAACGGCGGCACCACUUUAUAUUCCUCCUCCCGAAACCCAACAUGUUGUUGCCAAAGCACCGAAAUUCUCUCAUCUGCAAAAGGAAGACGAAGUGACUAAUAAACAAUCUUUGAAUGAACCUGUAAUAAAAGAGAGUGAACAAGAACAGCAGGUGAAACAAUACCUUCGGUCGAAUCGACAGAGUAAGUCGGCACCACAUAUAACUAUUGGCUUACAACCGCCUGAAAUUGAAUCUAGUUCGGAAAGUUUUACAUCAACUUCAACGACAACGACAACAACCUCAGAGGAAUAUCAACGUAUGUAUGCCGCACAGGUGCAAGCAUAUCAAAUGCAGCAAAUGUAUGAGCAGCAAUCUGGAUCCGAGUUAGAUUAUCAUAUGGAUAUGGAAGUUGCUACUAUGCAACAAAAUCCGCAAGAUUCCUCUUGCAUAAGUUCAUCUGAAUAUAUAUGCGGACGUCGAAGUGCUCAAGAAUGCGUAGAGUCUUUGGUGGCACCAUUAAAUACGUACAAAUUAAUCGAUAUGGUGAGAGAGGUAACGCCUAGUCCUGUUCCUCCAACGAAUCUCCAAGGGAAUAGACAUGUCAUGUUUAUGGACGAACCUGACACUAAAGAAAUUCCAAUAGCAGAUGAUGAAGAAAACAUUAAAUCUCAAGUGCUAGCUAGUAGUAGUUCACUAGAGCGAAGUUUACAAGAAAAUGAAUGCGUUGUUAAUAAUAUGAAAACAUUUGAGGAAAGCAGAAUAAACAGCAAAACUUUUGUUAAAUGUCAAUACACUGAAGUCCGUGAAGAUCAGCGUAUUUUUCAACCCACUUCCGAAAUAAAAAUUGAGAUAGCUCCAGUAAGACAAAUACCACCGUCGAAAAUACCCAAUCCGGUACCAAAAGAAUGGAUCAAUCCCAUGGUUAGGGUGUUGACUACAGCGCCAGAUGUGCCUUUUCAUUUAGUAGAGUGCCCAUGUCCAAAACCUUGCGAUGGAAAUUCGUUCGAACCUCUGGAGGAAGUUGAAACACCCCAAGAAAAUGUAAAAACAGAAGAUGCAAAAAAGAUUUUAUCUGUUGAAGAAACACCAGCCAAAGGGUCGUGGUUUGCAAGUGCUAUAACAACAGCACCAGAGUGGGAGGUACGCUUUGAGCCUCCUCCUUCAGAAAUGAUUCCUCUACCCGAAGAAACUGAACCAUAUAUGCCACCGCCUAUCGAUAUGAAACCGUAUAUGCGCGAAGAUUAUCGCCCCAAAUCGCCAUUUUUAAGUGCACUUACUACAGCACCAGAACGUCCCUUUGAAAGUCAUUUUGAGAGGGAUGUGCCUAUUCAUUUUCUAGACCUUCCCACACCCAAAGAGCACUUGACCUUGUCAGAUGCCUUGUGCACAGCACCUGAGCGUGCUUAUACACCAUUGAAUCCGGAAAACGCAACGAAUGUAUUUGAGGAACAAGAAAUGGAGAAAAAGAAGAAGAAAUCCGAAUUUCAAGUUCUUAAUCGUGAGGAGGAAUUAGGUAUCCAAGCUCUCGACAGUAAGUCAAUUGAAUAUUAUACCACGGAAAAGAGAGAUUAUUCACAACAUCGUAAAUCAUCCGCAUUUGCGGCAAUGCAAGCAUUCCAACCAACCCAAGAGCCUUUGAUUUCCAAAACUCCACGCCAAUCCAUUACGUCCUGCACAAAAGAAGAAUUUGAUCCUGAUUACGAAGGAUACUAUAAAGCUAAAGAACGUAAUAAGAAGCGCAUUGAUUAUUUGCAUAAAAAAGAAGAAGAACUUCAGCAACAACAUAUUGAACCAAUCAGUAAACAGAAAAUAUCAGAGAAUAAUACAUGUCAAAUGUCCUCAUUAAAUUCCUAUACCAAACGAAAUUCUUCCUCUGAAUCCUCUUCCGCAGUCCAAGCAAUGUCAAACACGACUUCUGCUAGCACAUACGACUUGAACUCAACUCAUGCCUCAAGGUCAUCAUAUCAAAACGUUGCUCGUUCCGUUAAGUCUGAAACGAAGAUCGACUUGCAAGAAGUUAUUGAAGAAACAACUGAAGAGCUUGAGCAUUCUGAAGUACUCUUUCCACCACCAUCACCGCUAAGUCACCUUCAUUUGAAAUCUGUUCCAUCCGGUUUGCAUAAGGCUGAUUCUAUACCUAAAUAUCAACGCAAUUGGACAGUAUUGCCCACGCAAAGCCCUGCCCGUACGCCAGAACCACCAGAGCUUCGUGAAAAUGUUCCACUUGCUUUUGUAGAUGCGCCAGUUACUAGUACAUCAAGUAACCCAGUACAUAAACCAGUAGCUCAAAACUUUACAACAACAGCUGUUUCUCUACGACAUCAACAGCAACACGAAAAAAUCACAUCUGCAAAUCGCGGUUCGAUCAUAAGUGCAAGUAGUAACACAUCGUCCACUCAAGAACAGUCGAAAUCGAAAUUAUUAACGCCAAACAAAAAACCUAUUGUACCUAUUAUAAUUGAUGAAAAAAUUGCUCCCCAAGUAACAAUGGCUUUUCAAUCAUUAGACGAACACUUACAAACAGACGAGUCACAAACACCAAGUCGUCCUUAUACGCCAUCAAUUGGCUCAAAACCAGUCCCAGUAAUUCCCUACUAUCAAACACCGGAAGCGCUCUGCUUUGACGAGUGCCCUGCGACCCAUGCUCGUAAUUAUGACCGGCGAUCAGCUUCUCCAUUUCCGGAUCGUGCACGAUCCCCUGCUCCGGGUCCACCACCAAACCCAUUAGCUGCUAUACGUUCAUCAAAUCCGAAAGAUAAUGAGUUGUCUUCAUUGUCUCCGCGUGUCCUUCAAGCCGGCUCAAUUACAACUGGACAAAGUUAUUUAGGUGCUCAACAACAAAUGCAACAGCAACACCACCAAUCACACAUUUUAUCACACAACGAACAGGCAAUCAGUACAGGCCAUCAAAGUUGCAUUGAUAAACCCGAGAAGGUUGAAGUUCGUGAAAUUGGUGAUUACAGGGUACAAAAUACAGAAAAAGAAGUCCACAAAGUAAAUCAAAAGCAUUCUAAAUUAGAUAGUCAAACAAAAAUUCAACUUGGAGAUACCCAGAUUGAGAGGAGACGUCGAGUAACUGAAGAAUAUGAACACACUCAAAGCGCUCGUUCUGUAGAGAUUCGCACUGAUUCAAAAACCACUAAAUCGAUACCAGCUAUUUCUGAAAACGAACGCCGCCAAUCGUACGGCAAAACGGGAUAUGUCGCUAAUCAGACACGUCGCUUAUCCGGUUUAGAACAGGAGAUUACCAAUCUGACCAGCCAGUCUCAGGCCAUUAGUGCACGAGCAGCCACCCUAACUGAAACAUCAUUUCCUCAAAUAAAGUCGCCCGAGCCUUCAUCGAAAUUUCCGACUAAACCGGUAUUACCUCCUCACGAUGAACCUCAGCGUCCAAACUAUUUUCUUUCUGCGACCCCUUAUAACAAAAUGGUUGGUCCGCCACCAGGAUUUAAUGAGCAGCAGCAACAGUCAACUACAUAUGGAUCAUCUGUGGUUUCGCAACAACAGCAAUCAUUAAGCACAUAUUCAAGCAGCAAUACAUCAUCAUUAUCAUCGCAAGCUAACGCCGCUAAUGUUGGCAAUCUAACAAAAGCUUCUAUUACUAAUACAAAUAAAGCUGGAGCGGCAAGUGCCAGGACUACCGGCGCCAGUGCCAUUUGCCCAGUAACGGGCACAUUCUGUCGUCCGGGUCACACUUGCUGCAGACAGCAACAGUUGCUAGGGCAAUCUACUGCAACUGACGUAGCUAAUUAUAAUCAAAGUAAUAACUUAACCUAUCGGACGAACGCUUCCACAGGUCUAACGGAUAUAAAGACUAAUACGCAAGCUACUGCUAUCGUUGCCGCUAGUGCGGUCAAUGCCAUUGACACAGCGACGUCGCAAGUGCAGUGUACCGCUACCGCUGCCGCUGCUGCUGCAACCGCAACUACAUCAUUUCCACCACCUAAUAUCAUUGAUAAAAAUAAGUCUAAUGCUGGUCUCGAUGGCUCCACAGGUGUUGGAGGCAAGGCAGCAUUUGGUGCUACCUCUGCUCCAAAGCGCGGACGUGGAAUCUUUAACAAAGCAGUUGCUCCCGGUGUUCGUGUACCCUUGUGCAGCAGCUGCAAUAUCCAGAUCAGGGGACCUUUCAUUACGGCCUUGGGACGCAUCUGGUGUCCAGAACACUUCAUUUGUGUAAAUGUCAACUGUCGCCGUCCUUUGCAAGACAUCGGAUUCGUCGAGGAGAAAGGCGAUCUCUAUUGUGAAUACUGUUUUGAGAAGUACUUAGCCCCUACAUGUUGCAAGUGUGGCAUUAAAAUAAAGGGUGACUGCUUGAAUGCCAUCGGCAAGCAAUUCCAUCCAGAAUGCUUCACUUGCGGGCACUGCGGUAAGCUCUUUGGCAACACGCCUUUCUUCUUGGAAGAUGGCAAUGCAUACUGUGAAGCCGAUUGGAAUGAACUUUUCACAACCAAAUGUUUCGCUUGCGGUUUCCCAGUUGAAGCAGGUGAUAGAUGGGUUGAGGCAUUAAACCACAAUUAUCACAGUCAAUGCUUCAAUUGCACUUACUGUAAGCAAAAUUUGGAAGGCCAGAGCUUUUACAAUAAGGGUGGCCGUCCCUUCUGUAAAAAUCAUGCGCGCUAAGGCUCUAUAGUUACGUAAAGUAGUAACUGUACAUCAGGGAUCACGGAUAUUACAAUACCACAAAACCUAAAAAUGCUAAAAUCCUCGAAAAAACAAAAACUCACUUCUCAGUCUCAAUAUCACGAUUUCUGAACUAAUUUAAUCAUUCAGUUAAGUUAUUUUGGGCGUUGUUUUGGGAAACUAAGUUAGCCCAAUUUAAAAUGUAAAUGUAUAGCUGUAUAUGACUAAACGAGUACUAAAACAAUGCUUCGGUGCGGUGGGAUAAGUCAAGAAUCGUAAAAUACUCUCCACCCAUAGGCGUUAAAAAUAAAAAUCUUACAAUAUCAUAGAAGGUGGAUACCUCCAAGCUUCGUAGAUAUAUGAGGUAUCUCAUAUAUGCAAAAAUAGUCACUUGCUAUGUUAUUAAUUGUAUUGUAAUAUGAAAGUAAAUAUCUAGAAUUGUAAUCCCAUUUUAUCAAAUUGAUUUUUAAUCGUUUUAAACUAAUUUUGUUUUAAUUGCAUGUGUUUUAUUGAAGACGAAGAUCCUAUAUUUUAAUCCUCAGUGAAUAUACACACAUACAUAUAUAGCUGUUUUUGAAGUCAAUUAUCUUAAAAAGCUGAUGUUACUUAAUAAAAGGAAACUUUCCGAGUUCGAUAACUAAUAUUGUAAUAUAAAA